AUUAAUGCGGACCUAGCGCUCCCCCAGAUAUGCGUUCUUGGAUCCCAGUCGGCUGGGAAGUCGUCUCUUAUUGAGGCGAUCUCAGGCGUUCCACUUCCAAGAGCUUCGGGCACCUGCACAAGGCGACUCUAUAAUAUCAUCUUCCCUGAAGAGCUCACUAACAGUCUUCCUAGGUGUCCCACUGAGUGUAUUCUGACGCAAGCAGAUGGUUCUUGGUCCUGCGAGAUCUGCCUUCGUUUUCAGUAUGAUCGUCAAGGACACGAAUUAGUGCCUCACCGUAACAUUCCCUUUGGCCCAGUGAUUACUAACCCAGCGGAUGUCAAAGACCGACUCCGACGAGCUCAGGCAGCUAUAUUGGAUCCAGCGUUAGAUAGCCCUAAUUUCCCGAAUUCCUUUCUCGAUUGCAGAGAGGUGCCCAGUAACAGGGUUACUUCGUUUUCCCGUAAUUUUAUCAGUAUGACGGUGAAAGGGCCCGACGUCGUCGACUUGUCCUUCGUCGACCUCCCAGGCAUUAUUGCAAGUGUUAGCAGUGGGAGCCAUCAAUCCGAUAUUGAUAACGUCAAGGGUCUGGCGAACCACUACAUCUCCAACCAGGAGAGCAUUGUUCUCCUCACCAUAACAUGUGACACCGAUUUCGAAAAUCAAGGUGCAUGGCAGAUCGGCAAGGCCCACGAUCCGCAGGGAAAGCGCACCAUCGGUGUUCUCACUAAGCCCGACCGAAUCGAGCCUGGGAACGAGAGCUCAUGGUUCAGCCUCUUACGAAAUGAGAAAGAGCCUCUCGAACAUGAGUGGUUCUGCGUUAGACUGCCUGGACCCGAAGAUCCACCCGACCGCAUAAAUAGAGCCAAGGCUCAAGAAAAGGAAGAACUAUUUUUUGGGCAACCACCAUGGACUUACAUGCACGACGUACGGUCACGCCUUUCUGUCGACAAUUUAACGGAGCGACUCGGUGACGUCCUGUCAGACGCAAUCGCCAAGGAGCUACCACGAAUCCAAGCCGAGGUCGCAGAAAAAAUCUUGGAAACCGAAGCGGAGAUAAAGGCGCUUCCUGUCGAUUUCGCCAGUGACCCGGUCCAUACGCUCAUUGGAAUGCUCGAAGAAUUCUGUCGGCGUGUACAGGCCGAAAUUGAGGGUACACAAUCCCCUCAAGGUCUCAUCCAAAAGAUUAGGCGACACCUUAUCGAUUUCCGAAACGAGCUACGCGGCACUGCGCCGCGCUUUGUGCCUUUCGACAAGGGAUCGCGCGAGGCUCGUCAGGUUCCCUUCAUUGAUUUUCUCGAUGAACAGGAAAGGGAUUUAGGCAACCAUGGCACGCUUCCAAUCAUUUAUCUCGACGAGGUCAAGAAAAUCGCGGAGUCGUCUAUAUCUCGUGAAUUACCUAAGAACGUACCUUUCGCGGUGAAGCGGGAUUUUAUUCGCCAGUCUAUCCUCAUGUGGAAAGAACCGUGCGAGACUCUAUUCAGCAGGGUACAGAGGACCGUCGAGGAUCAUUUCGAACCAAUUACUUGCGAGCAGUUUGCUCAAUUCCCGCCGCUGCUUCAAGCCGUCAGCAAUGUAUUGAACGAUCAGCGCUCCGCUUGCCGCGCAGUCGCCGCAACCAAGAUAAAUUGGAUGCGCAAAGUGGAGGAGACUGCGACAUUCACCCUCAAUACAAAUUAUAUGGAGAACUAUAGGAUCAGAUUCCAGGAGAAAUACAAAAUGCUUCGACGUAAGGGAUCCACUAGCUACUCUAAUGCGAUUCGAAAUUCCCCUCAAGCUGCCGAACCCUCGCCCCACUGGCAUAGCUACGGCUACGCAGCGCCAGCGAUCUGUUCGCCUGUUUCCAACGAGCGAGAUAGGCGUGAUGCCCUCCUGCUUGCCCUUAGGGACUUUGGUUUGCCCCACAGUGUUGAUGACGUGCUCAAACUCCUGCCUAGCGAUUCCGCCGACGAGGCUAUAGAAAUCAUGUCAGAUGUUAGGGCAUACUGGCAAGUCGCGUUCAAAAGGUUCAACGAUUAUAUUUCCCUAGCGAUUGAUAUGGACUACGUUCGAGGCUUUGGGGAUGAACUUAACGACAAGCUGAGACGCCGGCUCUGUGCAACCGACGAGGACCAGUGCAGAGAAUACUUUGCACUGCCACCAUAUGUAGUAGCGCGUCGUGCAAUGCUUCAAGCAAGAUUAGGGCGUUUAGAAGCAGCCCAGAGGGAAAUCCAGACAUGGGCUGCAUAG